GUAUUGUUAACAUUAUCAAAUUAAUAUUGUUUGUCUUUUCAGUUCACUAAAUCACGCUUUGGUGGGUCACAGUCUGCCACACUAAAGCCUAAUUUAGUGGCUAGGAGGAGCCCCAGCCCCUCUUCCUCCCCUGUGAGGACUCCCAGCCCCUCUCCAUCCUCUGUGAGGACCCCCAGCCCCUCUCCAUCCUCUGGGAGGACCCCCAGCCAUGCCCCGUCUUCUGGGAGGACCCCCAGCCCCUCUCCAUCCUCUGUGAGGACCCCCAGCCCCUCUCCAUCCUCUGUGAGGACCCCGAGCCAUGCCCCGUCUUCUGGGAGGACCCCCAGCCCCUCUCCAUCCUCUGUGAGGACUCCGAGCCAUGCUGUGAACACCAGCAUGGCAGAAGCCUGUGAUGAACCUGGAGGAGUUCAGCUGGCCAGUGCUGGGGCUGCAUGUUCUUUCUGGUUGCCAGCAGAGAUGCGGAAAAACAUCCCCAUCCAAGACCAGAGGUGGAUUUCUAACGCCAUUUUCCACUCUGGCAAACUGCGACAAGAUUUGAAGCUGUGGUACGAACCCCCUGUCCCAGCUCUCAUAUAUCACCAGACACCAACACCAGAUCGCUUUUUUACCCAUCGGCUGAUGGUGUGGAUGCCCUACCACCUGUGGAAGGUGAGGGUAAACUGCCCUGAGUGUGGGAAGCAGCUGACGGGCUACGGUGUCCACAAGAGAGCUCGGAAGGUCCUGGACAUUGACAGGUAUUACCUGAUGGUGACAGAGACACUCAGGUGCACUGUGUGCUCUCUUAACUACCUGUCUACCUCUCAGACUGUCCGCAACCAGCUUGACCUGCCGCACCAGAACAUGUUCCGGCUGAUCCUGACCCGCAAGUAUGCCUGUGACAUCCGUGUCAUUCGUGACCGGACUCUGGGCAACAGUCCAGCACGUCUGGUAAAGCAGCUUAAGGAAAACCAUGGGGAGGAAUGGCUGAACAGGUUGGCACACUAUUUUGGAGAGUGUGCUGACUUUGUUGAUCGGCCAAGCCUCUUCCCAGUGGUGUGCCAGGAGCCCCCUGAGCCCAUUGAUGUGCCCACCAGUCGCUGGCUGCUGUCCGUUUAUGGCAGGGACAUCCUCUCCCGAUUGGACCAUAUCAAGGCCAGCAUCACCUCCACAUUUGGCUCCAUCUUAAAGAUGGACUCAACCAAACAGAUCACAAAGAAGCUGGCUGGUCACGCCAAGGGGACUGGUCUCUGGGUCACCUCCAUUGGGAACGAGGUUGGCCAGAUCGUGACCAGUGUGGUGACAGUGCAGGAGGGGCCAGGAUUGGACAGGAUGGUGGCAGGGGUGAUGGAGCGGUACCGCCAGGCAGCUAUAGCACCCCCAGUGCUGCUGUAUGUGGACUGUGGCUGCUGCAUCAGUGAGGGGUCCAGCAAGCUGCAGACCAGGUUUGGGGAGUGGCCAGACCUUCACAUACGGCUGGACAUCUGGCACUUCAUGCGGAGGCUGGCCGUCGGAUGUACCACUGACGCUCAUCCCCUCUACCCCACCUUCAUGGGCUGUCUCUCUGCCUGCAUAUUUGAGUGGGACGCAGGGGACCUCUCUCUGUUGCGGCGGGCAAAGAAAGAGCAGCUCAGGCAGGAGGGUGUGCCAGCCUUGAGUGAUCCUGCGGUGGAUGCCAGGAUCACUAAGAAUGAGCUGAGCCAGUACUGUCGCAGGAGGACACGCGGCGAGGAGGCCACCAUCAGCCUCAUUGAGCGGCUGCUGCAGGAACUGGGAGGGGCAAACGGGAGAGACCUUAUGGGGGUGCCACUGCUGGACCAGGUGCGCAUUGAACACAUCUGGCGUGUGCAGCAACGCCACGUCAAGUGCAUCCAGGACCUGCCUGGUGUGCAUCUCUAUACAGAGACAGGCACCGUCAAGAAGGGGGGUGUUGUCCUAACCAGGUAUCGCUGUGCCAGAGGGUCCACAUCUCUGGAAUCUUUUCAUUGCCACCUGAAAAGGUUCAUUCCAGGCACCAGUGCAAAUGCACUGAAUUUUCAGCUGUACCUCCUGGAAGGCCUGAACAGGUGGAACCAGGACCGGGGGACUGCGGCGGUGACCAGCAGGCCAUCAUCUUUGCUCACCUACUCCGGGGAUGUGACCCAGUGUGUCAACAGCAGCAGCUUGAAGGUGUUUGCCGGGCAUUUGUGCCAAACUUCAGGAGAGCUGCUUGGUGUUGACUAUCUGUUAAGUCAGACUGGGCAGCCCUUACAGGUCAGCCCUGACUCAGAGGAGACGGAGGACAUGCUGGAGGAUGUGGAUGGGGGCGAGGAAGAGGAUGAGGGCUUCGAGGAAGACCAACCACCUGACCUCACGGUCCUGCUGCCUCCACCAUGGCUGCUCCCAUCCAGCCUGCUGCCUCCACCAUGGCUGCUCCCAUCCAGCCUGCUGCCUCCUCCAUGCCUUCUGCCUCCUCACUGGCUGCUCCUAUCCUGCCUGCUGCCUCCUCACUGGCUGCUCCCCAUCCAGCCUGCUGCCUCCACCAUGGCUGCUCCCAUCCAGCCUGCUGCCUCCACCCUGGCUGCUCCCAUCCAGCCUGCUGCCUCCACCAUGGCUGCUCCCAUCCAGCCUGCUGCAUCCUCCAUGCCUUCUGCCUCCUCACUGGCUGCUCCCAUCCAGCCUGCUGCCUCCACCCUGGCUGCGGAAGCAUCUUGGGCUGUGGAUGAGUCCGGUGUGCCAGGCAUGGACAGAGUGGACAGCUUGGCAGAAUAUCUAGUGGAGCUGCGCAACAAGCCCUCACUAGUCCUCACCAACCAGCAGGUGAGCGAUAUUGUCAUUCUGUGGCAGAACCUGCUAGACUUUGACAAGCAGCGGAUUGUCUUUUCUGCCAGACACCAGACCAGGCUGGUCACAGGGAGGUUCAGGACUCAAAAGAACAGGCAGGAGUUCACUCCAGGGGUGGAGAGUGUAAAGCGGCAUGCGCUUACCACCACUGCCCCGCUUGCCCAAUGUCCAAAUUGCUGCCGCCUGGUGGAAAGCAUCUUCAUCCGGCUCUGUGCCAUCCACCGCAGUCCCAAGAAGAGAUCCAGAUGGGACCUUAUCCUGGAGGACUAUAGGCGAAUCAGGCAGCGCAUUCUGGCCAAUGGGGACGUUAUGCAGCAGACCACCAUGCAGCUGGUGGACGUGAGCCAUACCACCCUGGUGAAGUGGCACAAUAAGAGGGUGAAGAGGCAGGACAUCGCAGUGGUGAAGCAGGGACUGGACCUGCCAAGCCGCCUGUCUGUGGCGGCUGACCCUCUCCUCAGUGCAAAUAUGCGCCCCCUAUCUGCACCCCCCCAACCCGGCCCAGCUCACCAGUACCUCCUGCCCAGCAGUACCGUGGGCCAAGCGCAGGUUAAGAGGAAGGCCGUAUAUGCAUUUGCGACACCUGUGUCUGUGAGACCACGCACUCAGCGGCAGCUCUUCCCUGCUGCGCCUCCCCAGCUUCCACCUCCCACGUCAGCUCCACAGCUGGUGAUGCUGGCUCCAAUGAGUACACAGGUGCCUGUCCUGAUGGCUGCCCCACAGGCCCGGGGUUUCAGCCUAAUGUCAGCUCCUCCUGCUCCUCCUGCUCCAGUCCGAAAACUGACCCGCAAAGUAUUGCACAACACGUGCAAGAAAUGCGGGCAGUUCAGGACAGCUGAGACAGGACACAGCCAGUACAAAGGGACUGUGUACUGCCCUUCAGUUGAGACUGUCCCCAAAGAACAGUGGCUGGAGAACAUUAAAAAAAAAUGA